AUGUCCGACAACGAGAAGUCCCCUGGCGCUGCCACCACCGCCAUCUGGUCAUCCCCUUUCAAGGCGGCCUCAGAAUCUGCAAACGAGUCUUCUGGCGACCUCGACAUUGGCCUCGGCCACGAUGCCCUCGACGAGAAUGCCGUCAACACGAACCCAUUUUCCGACCCGACCGUUGCAGAAUACUGGCGCGCAACCUACGAGCAAAGCAGCUACGAGUGUCGUCACGUCUUUGAUCCCCUCGCCACUUGGACCCCCGAGGAGGAGCGCCGGCUUAUUCGGAAGCUCGACUGGCAUGUCUGCCUGUGGGCGUGCGUCAUGUUCUUUGGUCUGCAGGUCGACCGCGGAAAUCUCUCGCAAGCCCUCUCAGACAAUUUUCUCAAGGAUCUGCAUCUGACGACAAACGACUACAACUACGGAAAUACCGUAUUCCUUCUGUCCUUCCUGGUCGCCGAGCUGCCGUCCCAGCUUCUCUCCAAGAAAAUCGGCCCUGACCGCUGGAUUCCGACCCAGGUUGUCCUCUGGUCCGUCGUGGCCACGUCACAAUGCGCCAUCACCGGUCGUGCCAGCUUCCUGGCCACGCGCUGCUUGCUCGGCCUUCUCGAGGGCGGCUUCAUCCCCGACAUAGUCCUCUGGCUGUCGUACUUUUACACCGGCCGCGAGCUGCCCGUACGGCUAAGCUACUUUUGGACUUCCAUGUCCGUCACCACCAUUGUCACCUCACUGCUGGCCUUUGCCCUGCUGCACCUGCGCGGCGUCCACGGCUGGGCCGGCUGGCGCUACCUCUUCCUGGUCGAGGGCCUCAUCACCCUCUCCAUCGGUCUGGCAUCCUUCUUCCUCAUGCCCGCUUCGGCCGUCCAGACGAAGACGUGGUUCCGCCCUCGCGGUUGGUUCACCGACGGCGAGAUCACCAUCGUCGUCAACCGCGUCCUGCGCGACGACCCCUCCAAAGGCGACAUGCACAACCGCCAGGCCGUCACGCCGCGCCGCCUUUGGGAGGCCAUGAAGGACUACGACAUGUGGCCGCUCUACGCCAUCGGCCUCGUCGCCUACAUCCCUCAGACCCCGCCUUCCACCUACCAGUCGCUCAUUCUCAAGGCCCUCGGCUUCAGCAGCUUCAACAUUAACCUGCUGGCCAUUCCCGCUAACGUCUUCCACAUCAUCAACCUUAUUAUCAUUACCCGACUCGCCGACUACUUUAAAGAGCGAACCUUUGUGUCCAUGAUCCAGUGUAUCUGGACUCUUCCUUGCGUUAUCGCCUUCCGCUGGUGGCCGGGCACCAUGACGAACGCCUGGGGCACUUACGCCCUUGUCGUCGUCCUACAGUCCUACCCAUACUGCCAUGCUAUCCUAGUUGGCUGGACAUCCAAAAAUGCCAAUAACGUCGGCGCCAGAUCUGUCUCGUCAGCCUUGUACAACAUGUCGGUCCAAGUUGGAAACAUCGCCGCCUCAUACAUAUACCGAACCGACGACGCUCCGCUCUACCACCGCGGCAACGUCGAUCUCGUCGCCAUCAACAUAUUGGCCAUCGGUGUCUUCAUUGUUACCAAAAUGUACUACGUAUUCCGCAACAAGCAGCGCGAGAAGCAGUGGAACGCCCUCACAACAGAGGAGCAGGUUGCCUACGUCCGAGAUACCAAGAUCCAGGGGAGUCGUCGCCUGGACUUUCGCUUUUCCCACUAG